AUGACAACAUCAAUGAUGAUUCUUAGUCACGUGCGUGCAAUUUUGUAAUGUUCUAAACAAUUUUAAAACAAAAUACAUAAAACAAAAACAGCAGCACAAUUGUAACGACAUCAACAAUAGGGGAUCCGAAAAACAUAACGCAACAAAAACACACAAUGUGACAAUACACACAGUUGUACGCAUAUUUGAGGCAUAAAUUCACUUGAAAAAUACUCUCUCUACGCUACAAGAAAUGUUACCGAGUCCACCGCCACAAAAUUUAUCGUACGAGCAUUUCUUUCGCAGAUUUGGCAUUGAUUGAGCGGUUUCAUGAAUACGAAAUUUUGGUAAACUUGCUCCACAAACGUAGCACCAGGAAGGUAACCAACCCCGCCAGCAGUACACAGCUGUCUCUCCUUUACAUUGUCGCUCCUCAACUCAUUGUUUCAUUGCUGCGCGCACUCGUAUUUACUCGCUCACCAAUCAAGCAUUCUAGCGACCAAAACCAUUCUGUCAACUAACUAACUGCCUGGCUGACUGACUUACUGACUGUUUGUUGUUUUUAGACGUCGGCGACAACGACAGCAGCAGCAGCAGAAUUAUUUACAGCGACAACUGUGCAAUACAAAGUGUCGAUGACGAUGACGCGCGAACACAUGAAUUGACUGAGUCACAGCAGCAGUCAGUUACUUAGUUCAUUUCAUUGUUGGUGCGCUCAGUUGACGCGGUCAUACUGUCGUUUGAGCUGUUGUUGGUGGUGUUUUUGGAGCACGAACGAGCAUACGGGCAUUCACAGCCGCACACAGUGGAGCUUCGCAAGUCGUUGGCGUUGACGUUGGCCGGCAGUUGCAUUCGACGCGCCAUCGAAUCGGGUUGUAGUGUAGUCGUCGUGUACCGAUGUAGCUACGUGAGUGCUGUGGAGUAGCUGGGUUACGUCGCGUCGUUAAGGUCGUCAGCAAUUUUUUUCCGCACAGCGACUCGUCGUUCGUAUGUGGUUCGUUGUCGUUUGCCGUUUGCCGUCAGCAGCGUUGUCAUCGUCACAGGCACUGAAUGCGCGGUGGUGUGAACAGUGUUUUUGGGCUGUAGAUCAUGCCAAAUACGGGCCGGCAGUUGACAGGCUAACACAGCAGUGCGAAUUAGAAUAGAAUCAAGUGACUACGGUUUGGCGUAUGAAUUUGCAAGUGUAAAUAUUUAAUGCAAAAAAAAAGAAACAACCAAAAAGUGAAUAAAAAUGCAUAAACGAGUUAAAGCAAAGAAAUGUGAUUUUCGUAAAGAUUUCUAAUUAGAAAAUAAAAUGAUAAAUCAUAAGUGAUACGAAGCAGAAACAAAAAAAAAAACAAGCAGAGAGAAGCAAAAAGCAACUGCAUUCAUAACAAUAACAACUCGAACAACAAUAACACCAAAGUGUAGUGCGACAUUCCAGUACUAGCCGUCAGUGUGUAUGGGCGCGUGUGUGUGUGCUUUUUUUGUGAUUUUUUUCCCAUUUUGCUUUGCGCAGGCGUGCACGCCCUUCCUUACGGUCGCGACGUCGGCAGCUGCUCAUACAAAGUAGUAAAAUAAACAUCUUUUGUAUGUUUUUCGUAUUGUUUCGCUUAAAUUGCUGAUGCCUAGCGAAAUGACUGAUUCCAUAAAAUUAUCCGAAAUGCAACGCAGUAGUAUCGAAUUCGAACGUCAACGACAUUUGGCCAACUGGUUUAUCAAAAGUAGUCCGCACAUGGCAACACCGACGACUGUCGCUACCGUUGCUACAACAACAACAACAGCAAGCUCAGCAGCCGCAGCAGCAGCAGCUGGUGCAACAACAGAUAACACAACUGCUAGCAAUGCAGUGUGUGCAACAACAAAAAAUACCACAGUAUCAACAACAAAUCUAGUAGGUGGCAACCAUACAAAUGGCAUGUCAGCGUCAGCCGCCUCACAUCAUCACCAACAGCAAUUGAGUGCCAAGCAUCACAACAGUUGUGGUGGUGGUGGUGGUGCUGGUGGCAGCAGCGGUAAUCCACCGCCCGUCUUUUUCUUAGUCUCCAGCAAUGGCAACACAAAUGGCAAUAUCGUCAAUGGCAAGCACAGCAGCAAUGCGUCACCGGCUGCUACAGGUGUUGCUACGCCGCCCAACGCGAUAAGUGCUGUCUCCGGCGGUCCGUUAGGCCAUUUCGCACCCGUCGAGGGACGCAAACCCAAGCUGCGACGUUUCAACUCGCACGACACCAGCGCGAAUAUGUUCUCGGUGGCCGAUUUCGAGAAUGCACGCCUAGCGCGACGCAAUGAAAUCGAAAUGAAACAACGUUUGGCACGGCGCAUGCGUAUGAGUGCCAAUGGCGGCUACGCUUGUUCGGCUGGCGGCAUGGGCGCGAACUUGGCUAGUGGCAGUGGCGUGGGCGGCAGUGGCUGUGGGCUGGGUGCCAGUGGCAAUGGCAUGGGUGUGGGUACGGGCGGCAGCAGCAUGUGUGGUGGUGGCGAUUACUCCACCGGCGACAGCAAGGCAUCCAAAUAUAGCAAUGAGUCACAACACGAGCCAUUGCCAGCAGAUAUCUUUCUCGAUCGCUACUCAUUGCCACGCGUUGUCCGCAUUUCGUAUAAAACGAAAUUCUCUGAUGAAACAUUGCAAUCGUCCUCGUCGAAUGGCUCCUCCACAGCCACUACGAAUACCACAGGCACCAGUGCCUCCAAUUCGUCGGUGAGUGCUUGUGGUCUAACGGUGGCUAUUAACACCGGCACCUCCUCAUCGACGGCCUCCUCAAGCGGUAAUGUGAAUGCGCACAGCUCGGGUGCUACGAAUACGAGCAGCAGUGGCGGUGGUGGUGGUGUUGGCGGUGGCGGUGGUAGUAGUGGCGAGAGAGUAGGUUCAAAGCACUCCACACCACAUAACACAACACCUCCAUCCGCCUCAGCUACGGCAACUCAGUCAAAUACAACAAUUAACGGUAAUAGCAAUGCAGAUGCGGAACAACGCGAAGAUCAUGGCGAAUUAUUUUUGCUGUAUCGGCUGAUACGGCAACGUCACAUUUUUCACGGUCAUAAUGCUAAAACUGCGGCAGCGAGUCGCAAAAAAGGCGUUCUGAUACCGCAAGAAUUUCCAGGUUACUUUUCUCUGCUCAACGACAAGGGUAUACCCACAGCGACACUCUACACCUCGCUCAUACAGCUGGUGCGCGAACGUGUGUACAAAUUCGUCUCAGUCGACAAUAUGCCCGCCUUUACGGAAUCCCAGCCCAACGUAAAUAACCCACCCACGGAGGGUUGCAUACCAAUAUACUCCCAACCACCGCCACCACCGACCAACAACCGACCACAAUAUGUGAAGACAACUGCGCGAGGUGGCCAAGUAUUUCGAUUGCUUGCCGUUUUCGAAGAUGGCAAACAAGAUCACGCUACCAUCGGUUGUACCGGUGGAGUAACCGCAAAAGCGUAUAACAAUCAUGGCCGUGAAAAGGAGAAGGGCCGCUAUGCACAAUUGCUAAACGAGAACCGGCAGGUGUUGUACGUGUCGCUCUCCACAAAAGGCAAAUUCUACGAAAUCGAGCCGGGCAUACCACAAAUACUGCAGAAGCUUGGUGGCAUUGGCAACGAGGCGAACAAGAAGGUCAAUCCCGAUUGUGUGCAUCGCAUAACAGCGCUGAUAACGCCACAGCGUGAAUUGCCGCUUACACUGCGCUACAUUUCCGGACCGAAUGGCUGUAAUAGCGCGAUACCCGACAAUGUGUGCAUUACGCACAUAACCACCGAGAACGUGGUGAUCGCCUGCCCCAUUGAAGAUGUGGAGGUGCAAAGUCCACUACACUUACGCAAACUGCAUCUGUCGAAGGAGAUGAAUUUGCUGAAGAGCUCACUCGGUUUCGAAAGCGAGCAACGUAUGCUCGCCAACCCCAAUGUGCAAAACAUACUGAAAUUUUGUCAAUUCAAUUGUGAUCAAUUCUUGAAGAUGGUUGAGGUGGAGAUACUGCACCGUCCGGAGCGCUCGGGCUCGAAAAGUCGUGGGGAAGGUUUGAAAAUCCUAAAACCCUUGCAUCUGCCAAAGUUGCUGAGGCGCGAGAAAACGACGAUACCAGCGCACGAAAAGGAAGACUCAAUUAUCUUUCUUAGCAAGUCGGAUCUCGCCAAUCUAGAGGCGAAAGAGGCAGCAGCGCAAGCUGCAUUCGAGAGUGCGACAAGCAGCGCAAAUCGCAUUACCGAGAAGAUGAAAGUUUUCCAAUCGACGAAGAAGAAAUGGUUCCGCAAGCAGGACAAGCAUGUUGCGCACACGAUGACCUCCUACGAACUGGAUGUGCAGGCGAAGCGUAUGAGCAUGGAACGCUAUUCGGAUAUGUCUAAGCUGUUACAGGAACGAUUUGGCGAUAAGCCAAAUACGCAAACUCACGAUGUACACGAGAGUUUUUCGGAGCCAAGUGGUGGCGCAUCGGACAUUGGCUGUUCGGACACAGAAACCACAACAUUGGCGACCAUCGAUGAGAAAUUGAAAAAAGUCGAAACGCGCGGCAAAAAAUUGAUGACAAAAUCUAUGUCGCUACAGGAUAUUGAACUCAUCAGUGGCGGUGCUGCAUCGCGUAAGCCCGAUUUACUACCAAAUGACACUAUCUCAGAAGCGGGCACCGAUGUGGAGGACCUUGAGAAUCAAGAUCCCAUACCACAAUCUUUCAUUACCGAAAAGCUGUACAAUGAAUUUCACGUGAAAACGCGCCAGUACAGUAAAUCUUCCUCGAGCUUGCAUCAGCUGCUCAACUUUUCGCUGCCACAAAAAAUGCAGCUGCACGAUAACAAACGCUCCAUGGCACAGCUGAAGCACAACACUAACAAUGGCGUUGUGGCAAAACCAACAGCUACUGAUAGGCGACUUGACUUCAAUAUUGGCGAACCGGUGACAGGCAGACGCGCUGCCGGUGGACUUUCAUUGCUCGCAGGUAACGCUGGCGUUGCUAACAGUCUUGGCAUUUUGGGCAACCACUCUGCACUUGCCUCACCACUCACACCCACCAGUCUAAUAGACGAUCUACCCUAUUCAAGUGUGCGCGAUUCGCUGGUGCUUUCAAGCGACGAAUCAGCAUCCGACAAUCCAACGGGCAACAUCUGUCAAGCGCUCAAUCUGAUCGACUACAACAAAGAGAAUAUCUAUGCGGAAAUAUGUCACGACAAUGUAAGUCAUAAUGCGGCAGGAUCUUCGACAUCGGCGGCGGCAGCUGGCACUACUGUCUCGGCCAUGGGUGGCAUUUGCACUUCGGCCACACGUGAAACCUUUUCCAAUGAAACACAUUCCACGCAGAUCUCCGACGACUAUGGUGACUACGCUUCGCUGACAUACACCGCAAUCGAGUGUCCUACACCAGCGUUGAGUGGCAACAAUGUGGCCGGUGCAUUGAGUAAAUCAGCGAGUGGACAAACUGUGGCUAGCGACAGAUCGGCGCCAACUGGGUUGGCAAUUAGUCGCGUGCAAAUCAAUUGCAACGCCGUCAGUCCGGUGAGCUAUCACACUGUAUAUCUCGGUGAAGAACCGCUCAGCGGUGGUGAAAAGCAAAUUGGGCGCGCGGCGAGGCGCAACAAGGUGGGCAGCAAGAGUCGCGCGCAUAUAACCACAGUGGCAUUAGAAGGUAAUACGACGGCGUAUGAGGCGCACAAUGGCGGCAGCGGCGGCGGCGGAAGUAUUAGCACUACAGCUGCGAGCAUUGCGAACGAACUGGAGGAGGUGGCCGAUAAUAUCUAUAAUACACUCAAAUGAUGACUAAUGUGAUUCAGUUGGAAGUUGGGUGCUUCUGUAUUGAGUAUGAUGAGCAGCGGCAAGGGGUUCUAUUGAAAAGCUGAGUGACUCGGCUAAGCAGAGAGUACAUACAUGCGUGCAUGUACGCGCUUGCCUAGCAAGAAUGAUGGAUAACAAAAUUACGACAUCCGGGAGAGUAUUUCUGGCUGUGACGUAACAAUUGGAUAAACAAGAAAGGGAACGGCGUAAGAGGAUAAAUUUGCACGUAAAUAACAAUAGAAAUGAGACACCAGUAGAAAAACAAUAAUAAAAUGAGAACAAACAUCCAAUAAUUACGUCAGCAAAUCAGCUGAUGCUGUCAAAUUCACUGAGCGCGGGCGAAUGGUUAGCGGAUGUCGCCACCUUCUUUAUUCUCUCCACUGCGCAUACAUCUGUAGUAGAAGCAGGAGUGCAAGAGAACUAGUGAUUAAAUUUAGUAUACUAUUAAAUACGAAUCGAACUGCUCGAAAGAGGGAACAGCAAUGUGAUGUUUAGGGUUUUCUAAAUGACAUGAAUGGUGCGUUUAAAAGGUAUUUUCCAAAUACACGUAAAAUAUCUAGUUACUUAACUACGUGGCUUUACUUUAGUGUUGACUGGCGAUGGAUGAGUUGAGAGUGUGUUGUAUUUGUAAUGGUAAAAAGUAUAUUAAUAUGUUAAUAUGUCUUGAACAAAUUCUUAAUUUUAUAAACUAAUUCUGAAUAUUUACAAAUAGACUCCAAGUCCUUUAAACGAAAUUUAUUAAAAGAAAAAAAAAUAUUUUUUACUCAUUUAAUAUAUUCACCAGAAAUCUUUCGUGAACCAUUUUAAGCGCUUGUUAUCCUUUUUUUCCGAACAAGAACCAGGAUUUAGCCACCUCUCACCCAAUCAAAGCAUGGGACGCAUGUGAAGAGCUGCGUUUGCUUGGACAUAAUAACCCAGAAUGAUAGGCAGAAAAGCACGUUCUCUAUAGCAGCAAUUGCCAAUUGAUUAUGGCGAAUAUUUUAUGCUGUUACAACAACAAUAACUACUUUGACAUAAACCAUUGACGCGAGAAGUUACGAAUUUCGCACACUUGCAGUGUACUUUGUGAGAAAAUAUUUAUAUUCUAUGUAAAGCUUAAGUUUCACACCAAAAAACCGCAAUUUUUGCUAAGACCACCAUUUUCAUGUUAUGCGACAACUUCGGAUUCUUCAGUCUCAAAGUGGUUUGGAAUGGCUUUUUUGUGGCCUUACGAAUGCGAUGGCCGUGGACAAAAUAUAUCAAAUUAAUAGCGAAAGUCGCCCAUUGAGUGCAGUUUUCUCUAAGAAACGACUUUUUUAGUAAGGCUUAAAAUGCAGCAUAAAACUGAGAGUCUUCUUUAUUCGUGUGAAAAAAAUUAGAAUUUACACGCCUAGCGGGCAAAAGCAGCGUAGCCUCAAUACCAAAUAAAAAUUUCUAGGUAACACUAAACAGAUUUUGCAAAAAUUUGUAUCUGAAAUUUUUAAGAGUUACCCUAAAUGCCUAAGAGGCAGCAUAAAACUGCGAGUAUUCUUUAUUUGGGUGAAAUAAAGUAAAAUUUACACGACUAAUGGCAAAAGCAGCGUAGCCUGAGUACCAAAUAAGAAUUUCCCCCUCACACUAAAAAAAAUUUGCAAAAAUUUGCAGCGGUAAUUUUUAACAGUCACCCUGUCUUCUUUAUCUAUAUUAUUAACCAUUUAAAACAAUAGCCGAAGGUCUUAGCAGCCAGUGCUUGUUCCUUUUUUUCUUACCUUUUAAGUGGAAUAAUUAUUACUCUUUUCAAUAAAUAAAUAAAUAAAAAACGUUUAAGAGUUACUCUGUGCGCACCCUAAGUCUCUUUGCUAGCUCUCCCUCCUGCUCGCAUACUCAUACAGAGAUUUAAUAUCUCUACAUUUUACAGCCAAAUCAUUUUUAAUAGUCACCCUGUGCGCACCCUAUGUCUCUUUGCUGGCACUCCCUCCUGCUCGCAUACUCAUACAGAGAUUUACUAUCUCUACAUUUAACAUUCGAAUUAUGAGCCGGCGCUCCUCUCAUUUCCCUUUGCUUGGGUUUGAGGUGCCAAAUUUCUGCGUAAAAUAAUUGGGUCCAAGAAAAGCUUUCUGGUUUUAAUUUUUACACAAUUUCAUUCUUCUGAGAAAUAAUUUCUUUGAAAAAGUAUUUGAUUUGAUGCUAUUACUUUAUUUAGAAAAAAAAAAAACAUGAAGGCUACAUCAUUUAUAAUAAAAAAUUAUAACUUCACAUUCUCGAAAAAGCAAACAACAAAAAACAAAAAACCAUAGAUAUUAUGAACUAAAAUCAAAAUGUAUCGCGCAAAUUAGUAUUAAAUGAAAUUUCAAUGAGAAUUAAUGAAAAUAGUAUUAAUCUUAGUGCAGCAAAAGCACUAGGCAAGCAAGCAUUUGAAUAAAAUUUAUAAAUUUUAAAGCAUAAAUAAAUAUUAGUAACUGUGAAAUUAGAAAAUAAUCAAUAGCAAUUAUACUAAAAUAGCUCCGAAAUGAAGCUUUAGACUCAUGCAACUCACUCGAGCAUUUAAUCGAUGCAGCUAAGAACUAAUUAAGAAUAUGCAGCAUAAUCGAUUAAUCAGUAGCUCAAUUAAGCAGAAAUUUUGUUAACUAAAAAAAAACAGAACAGGAAAAAUGUCUGUUAUAAGGAAAGCGAAAACCAUGGUUUUUAUUUAGAAUAUCAAACAACGAUUUCGUUAUUCGUUUCUUCAGAUUGUUUUUUAUAUCAUGAGCUUUAUCAGUUCUUCGAUUAAUCGAUUAACAAAGAUUUGAUCAAAAUUUCAUAACUAUAAAAUUUCGAAGCAAUAACCAAAUCACGAAAACUAAUUUAAAAUCACAAAAACAUUUACAGGCACUUACAUACAUACAUACAUACUCGUAUACAUAAAUUAUUUUAAGAGAAGUGUAAUAAAUCCAGCAAUCAGCUUCACAUGGAUACAGCUUUAGCAAAUCCAAAUACAAAUACAAUUACAAAAAGUACUAAUUUGUAGCCUGCAUAACCUUUAGUGCAUACUUACAUAAAUAAGCAAAUCACAUAAUCAUCAUUACAUCAUUACAUAAAUCAAUACUAAAAGCAAAAGAGCAAUACAUAGAAAUUCCUCCAAAAAUUUUCACAAAAAUUCCACAUUUAAAUAACUGCAAUACAUUCACUGUCCUGCAAAGCACUCAGCGUUUCCUCAAAUUACUCAAAAAAACAAAAACACCCACAAUGAAAAGUUGAGAGAGAGGUAAGUGAGCUGUAUUUAUUUUUUUGUUGUUUUGUAUUUCCUUUCAUGUUUUAUAAAUCACAUUUUGAAUUAUGUAGACUUGAUAAAAUCCAUGGCUAAUAAAAUGAUUAUUGACUGCAUGCAAAAUUCAUUCAAUCGAUUUCUUUUGUGGCUUGGAAUUUUCUGGUCAGCCAAGGAGAAACCUCCGAACUCGUCUCUAGCAGCUAUUGUCACGCUCUAGCAGCAUGCACUGCAGAGGUUAGAGGUUAGUACUUGUGCUAACCCGCAACAGUUGGGCAUGCCGCGUCUUUCUCCACUUGAUCUUUCCAAUGUAAAGGCGGCCUUCCUCUGCCUCUUCUACCUCCACCGGGAAGAAUUAUAAUUUUAGUUAUUCACAUAAACUCUUUCAUAGAGAUGAUGCCCAAAGUGGAAGUACUUUAUGGCCAAAUUGCUGCAACAUCUCGUGAAAUCAUGCUUUCAGAAUAUUUCAUUUGGAAACAAAUAUACCUAGGCAACGUUGCUAGGUUAGGUUAGGUUGAAGCGGGUUGAAGCGUUGUGGGACACACUCAGGCUCAUAGUCCAUUGUGAUGCCACGUAAUGCCACUUAUCCCUAUCUCACCUAAAACGAGUGUAUACCAAUACAAAAUUUUAGAGGAUCCCUGAUUUCCACUGUACUGAGAUCUUCCAAUUCAGUCAAGGAUUUUCUACCUAAAAUGGUAAAUCUACAGCAAUGGCAUAGUGCUUCUUAUUUCAUAAAAGCUUCUUAAUUUAAGAAAGGUUCUUAUUUCAAAAAAAGCUUGUUACUUUAUGAAAGCUUCUUACUUUAUAAAAGCUUAUGAUUUUAUAAAAGCUUCUUACCUUAUGAAAGCUUGUUGUCUUAUGAAAAUUUUGACGCAACACUUUUGUCACUUAUCGCUCUCAUCGCGAAAGGCUAAGCAGUCGGCAAAAACUUGCUAAGCUUCCUUUGUUGGUUUACCUACUCACUUCCCCAAACGCGUUUGAAAACAAUUGUGAAAGCUUGACAUUUUUGUAUGAAGUAGCUGUAUUCGUAAAACUUACGUUGAAAAGCUUUAAACUUUGAUGAAAGCUUGGUGUCUUAUUAAAAUUUUAACGCAGUACUUUUUUCAAUUAUCGCUUUAGAUAAAUUUACAUAGUCGAGUAGCCUUAGUGGAGGAAGAAUUUAUAAAAAAUACUUACCUACCAAUAUGUUCUUUUUGAAAAGAUUUUGAAAACAGUUCACAAACUGUAAAACCUCUUUUAAACAUUGCAGAUAAAUUCUGCAAUAUUGUCGCCAGUGCGUUUAAUGUAUUCAUGUCUAUUUUGAGAUCGCCGUUUCUUAAAAGCGACCUCCAUAGAGAUUCCGAACUGACUAAUUCAAAAAAUCUUUUGCCACUUUUUUUUAUGUUAUAAAGGGUGGUUAAGUUUUAUGGGCCGGUGUUGAUUUUGAAUAAAAUACAAUUUUUUUAGAAAAUUAUUAUCAUUUCUCUUUAUUAUGAUAAUAUUGGUAUGGCUCAAUUGCGUAUGGGACAAAAUAUUGGCCAAAUGGCCGCUGCGGCCUCGGCGGCACACCUCUAUCUGAUGGUCCAAAUUUUCGAUGACACUGAGUCAUAAUUGAGGUUCUAUGCCGUUAAAGUGCCGAAUUAUCUCAUCCUUUAGCUCCUGAAUUGUUGCUGACUUAUCGACGUACAUCUUUUCUUUCAAAUAGCCCCAAUGAAAGAAGUCCAACGGUGUCGUUAACGUUUAGGUGUGGUUCACAUUCAACAUCGGCCCUUGAAAUUUAACCACCCUUUAUAUGGCAACAUAUCUUCCGCAUAUUUUGUAAUACUUAAAAAUAAAUUUUUUUAUAACAAAAUAUUUCAUAAAUUUCUUUCUCGGUGGGAAAGCUCUUUAAUAUUUUUUCAACCAUUGGCACUGCUUUUGUUACUUUUUGUGUGGAAAAUUUUUCAUUACUUUCUUCGUGUCCUAUUUUGCAAUCUACGCAAAAUUUCGCACUGACGUAUCAGAAUUGCAGGACGGCGUAUGGAAUAUCUGAACUAUUCACUGUGUGAGUCCCUUACAAGCACAUUUUUCAUAUUGCAGCGGAAUUGGAGGACAGUGAAUUAUAUUCGGCAUAAAAAACGUAUCACCAAACUGUAAUAUCAAACGCAUGCAUGUCAGCUCAUCACGCACGCACACACACAUACACAUUUUAAACUCGAGUCAUCAUGCAAAUCACUAGAAUCGCUUGAACAUUGCGCAGAAGAUUAAAUCGAAUCACAAUUUUGAAAAAAAACAAAAUCCAUCUUCAUAUCGAAUAGAACACAAAAUGUUUGCCAUUUUUGUAUAUAAUCACAAGAAGUCGAAAAUAGUAAAAAGAGAAGCGAAAGGUUUGCAGCAGCAGAAAAAGUGAGUCCAGAAAAAAAUUGUAUGGCAGCAGGGGAAAAAUGAGUUAAAAAUAUUUCACAGAGAUUUCAAUGAAAUAUAUUUUACACAUUUCCUGCAACCUAAAAUCGAUACAAUUAUAUAAAACAUACAUACAUACAUACAAACCGAAAUGGUAAAUUCAAAAAAAAAAAAAAAAAGAAAUACAAAUUUUGCAAAGCAU